GAAUGGAUGUUUCGGCGGUUGUCGUUCUUCGCGUUCAAUGAUACCGAAUUCCUAGCUGCAGACUAGUAAUUAAUAUCAAAGACUUGUUCUUAUUCAGUCGGUAUGGAUAGUCGAAGAAUUUAACCACGUGGUUAAAAGAUUCAGCAACCUUUAGGCAUCUCGUAAUUGAGGUAAGCUCGGUCAAGGGUCAAGGGGUCUGAAUACUUUCCGAAUGCACUGUUUACAGGUACAUACAGGUGUUUGCAGGUACAUACAGGUGUUUACAGGUACAUACAUGUAUUUGCAGAUACAUACAGGUGUUUACAGGAGUUUGCAGGUAUAUACAGGUCUUUACAGGUGUUUACAGGUAUUUGCAGGUACAUACAUGUAUUUGCAGGUACAUACAGGUACAUACAGGUGUUUACAGGUACAUACAGGUAUUUGCAGGUACAUACAGGUGUUUGCAGGUACAUACAGGUGUCUGCAUGUACAUACAGGUGUUUACAGUUACAUACAGGUAUUUGCAGGUACAUACAGGUGUUUGCAGGUACAUACAGGUGUUUGCAGGUACAUACAGGUGUUUGCAGGUACAUACAGGUGUCUGCAUGUACAUACAGGUGUUUGCAGGUACAUACAGGUGUUUGCAGGUACAUACAGGUGUUUGCAGGUACAUACAGGUCUUUGCAGGUACAUACAGGUGUUUACAGGUAUAUACAGGUGUUUACAUGUACAUACAGGUGUUUACAGGUACAUACAGGUGUUUGCAGGUACAUACAGGUGUUUACAGGUACAUACAGGUCUUUGCAGGUACAUACAGGUGUUUACAGGUAUAUACAGGUGUUUACAUGUACAUACAGGUGUUUACAGGUACAUACAGGUGUUUGCAGGUACAUACAGGUGUUUACAGGUACAUACAGGUGUUUGCAGGUACAUACAGGUGUUUACAUGUACAUACAGGUGUUUGCAGGUACAUACAGGUGUUUGCAGGUACAUACAGGUGUUUGCAGGUACAUACAGGUCUUUGCAGGUACAUACAGGUGUUUACAGGUAUAUACAGGUGUUUACAUGUACAUACAGGUGUUUACAGGUACAUACAGGUGUUUGCAGGUACAUACAGGUGUUUACAGGUACAUACAGGUCUUUGCAGGUACAUACAGGUGUUUACAUGUACAUACAGGUGUUUACAUGUACAUACAGGUGUUUACAGGUACAUACAGGUGUUUGCAGGUAAAUACAGGUGUUUACAGGUACAUACAGGUCUUUGCAGGUACAUACAGGUGUUUACAGGUAUAUACAGGUGUUUGCAGGUACAUACAGGUGUUUACAGGUACAUACAGCUAUUUGCAGUUACAUACAAGUCUUUGCAGGUACAUACAGGUGUUUGCAGGUACAUACAGGUGUUUGCAGGUACAUACAGGUGUCUGCAUGUACAUACAGGUGUUUACAGUUACAUACAGGUAUUUGCAGGUACAUACAGGUGUUUGCAGGUACAUACAGGUGUUUGCAGGUACAUACAGGUGUUUGCAGGUACAUACAGGUGUCUGCAUGUACAUACAGGUGUUUGCAGGUACAUACAGGUGUUUGCAGGUACAUACAGGUGUUUGCAGGUACAUACAGGUCUUUGCAGGUACAUACAGGUGUUUACAGGUAUAUACAGGUGUUUACAUGUACAUACAGGUGUUUGCAGGUACAUACAGGUGUUUA